CAAAGCAAAAUCUUAUCGACACACCGACGAACUCUACUGCAUUGGGAGAUGGAGCUCAUUCCACUCCGAGCUACACCACCAACACCAAGUUUUCCAAGCUCCAAAAGAGCUAUAGCUUUGCACUGCAAGAUCCAAACUGCAAAUGAAGCUCGCUUUGCUAACUUGUUAAAGUUCAAGCCUUGUGAAACCGAAAGGCAACGAAAUCAGCACCUUGGGCUCUCUGCAUUACCCGAAACCGCUGCAUUGGUUGUAAUCGCUGCUGUGGCUGUGGGUACUGCAGCAUCACUCCUCGCAAGAACAACAAAAGCUAGUGAAACUGUCAUUAAUGCUUCCAGAGCUUGCGAAGAUUGCGGCGGUUCGGGUAUCUGCACGGAAUGCAACGGGGAAGGAUUCGUGCUCAAGAAAUUGUCUGACCAAAGUGCUGAAAGAGCUAGAUUGACCGCGAAGAACAUGGCCACCCGAUACACUGCGGGACUUCCAAAGAAGUGGAGUUAUUGUUCAAAGUGCUCCUCAACUAGAUCUUGCAGUGCUUGUGGAGGGACCGGAAAGAUAAACUGAUUCAACCAUGCCUCCAUGGUUCAAGUGAGGAAAGGAACUCAGUUAAUGUUUUCAGGGAUAAUAUAGUCUCAUUGAUGUUCACUAAAUUCAUGGAUAAAAGCUAGAAAUAUUUUUGUUGCCAAGUGUUGUAUUGUUGUUUUGUAGCUAAUGACAUUGAUGAGUGUGUUUGUGAACUUCA